AUGGAUGCUGGGCCGGCGGUUGUGGAUCGGGUGGUGAUCAUGAAAUCGGCUAUUGGGGUCCGAUGUCAUGAUGCGAAGACUCUGGCCGAGAAGGGGAAACGAGAUGGGAGUGGCACAAGGCAUUCUUUAUUCAAAUCUUUAUGCCCAGAAGGGACCGUUCCCAUUGGAAGAACUACUGAAGAAGAUAUCUUGAGAGCUAGUUCUAUUAGGAGAUUCGGGAGGGAAACAAUUUCAAGAGUUCACUGUGAUUCCACUGCCAGUGGCCAUGAGCAUUUAGUUGGGUAUGUAAUGGGAGAGCAGUAUUAUGGAGCCAAAUAUGGUUUAAAUGUCUGGGCUCCAAGAGUGGCAAGCUCAUCUAAGUUUAGCUUAUCACAAAUAUGGGUCAUCUUUGGUUCCUUUGGUGAUGACCUCAACACUAUUGAAGCUGGAUGGCAGAUUAGUCCACAGCUAUAUGGAGAUAACAGUCCUAGGUUCUUUACUUAUUGGACAACUGAUGCAUAUCAAGCUACAGGCUGCUAUAACCAUAUCAUUGUUAAUAACCAUAUUAACAAUGAUAUGAUUUUUAGUCUACAUCUCUUGGUACUUGAUGCUUCUAGUGAUCAACAAAUACCACAUGGGAAUAAUCAUUCUCCUGAAUCAAGUCAUCAAGCAAAUUUAAAUGCAUCAAGUGAUGCUUUUUAA